CAGCAAUUUCGCGUAUCACCGCCUCUCUCUCUCUCUCUCAAACCCAGCAGCAAAUUGAGCCGAAAGUUUCUGUCUUAGCUAAUCAAACUCACUUCGUGUCCUGAUGGGAUUGUGAUUCGUACUUCAUCUACAAGCCUUCAACUUGGAUUAUUCGAGUACUGUUGCAAGCUUCGAUUCACUGCCAAAUUAUCGCACACAGAGACGGAAUGGGAAAGAAGAAAUCCACCGGUACUGAAAAUGUGGGAUCUGGAAAACAAAAAGCCACAUGGCCCGAUGAGGUAGUAGCUAUAUUUUGUGAUAUAGCUGCUAAGGAAGUGGCCAAGGGAAACAGACCUGGUACACAUUUUGAUAAAAAGGGAUGGUCAAAUGUUGUCAUGGCCUUUAAGGAGUUAACCGGAAAGGAUUACGAUAAAAGCCAACUGAAAAAUAAGUGGGAUUCACUUAAAACUGAUUGGAAAUUGUGGAGUUCACUUUUGCAUAAGGAAACUGGUAUUGGAUGGGAUCCGGCUAGGAAAACUGUCGACGCACCUGCUGAAUGGUGGGAAUCCAAAAUUCAGAUCAAUCCAGAGUAUCGCAAGUUUCGGGACGUGGGAAUUAGUCCUGAAAUGAUGGCUGUUUAUGACAACAUGUUCAGGGGUAGCACAGCCCUAGGUCACUUUGUCAUGAUUCCCUCGGCUACUAUAGAUAUUGAAAAGGUUGUGGAGGAUUCAGAGCAUAAUUUAAUUUCUGGAGAUGAUGAAGAGGAUUCUGACCAAGAUAAUGAACGUAGAGGCAAAAAGAGAACAAAUUUGGAGCGCCAAACAGAGGCUGAUAAAGAAAAAAAAAGGAAAAAGAGUUAUGGGAGGGCCAAAGGAGAAGAAAGAAAAGGUGGGAGGUGCGGCGAAAUUGUCUAAACAAAUCGAUCGUCUUGUUGAUGUAGUCGAGAGUAGGAGUACAGCCACAUCUGUACGUGAUAAUGGUACCUCACCAGGAACUAGUAUUCAAGAGGUGAUGAGAGUUGUUGCAACAUUACCAGGAGCAGAAACCGGUACUAAACUAUGGUGGUUUGCAACGGAUUUGUUCUGCUCUCAGGAGAAGCGAGAGAUGUUUUCUAUUAUGACAGAUGCUGAUCUCAAGCUCCAGUUUCUGAUUCUUAAUCAGAAAAAAGCUGAAAAUUAAGUAGGCUGAUCCUACUUUGUAACAUGAUGCGUGUUGCUUGUCGUUUACACCUUAGCUGAGCUCUUUUCUAUUUUUGUGAUUUUCCGGGUUUGAAAGAUUGAUUGUUGUUCAUUGUUAAUGCUAUAUUAUUUUACUAAGAUGAAACUGAAUUUGAUGCAUCUUUUUAUUAAAACUGAUGGUUGUUUGGUUC